AAACGAUGACUUCGCCGGAGAAGCGAUGCUUGUACGAAGUCCUUGGUCUCCAGCGGGAUUGCACGGCGGACGAAAUCCGGUCGGCGUACAGAAAGCUUGCACUGCAACGCCACCCCGACAAGCUAAUCAAAUCCGGCGUUACUGAAGCUGAAGCCACCGCUUCCUUCCAAGAGCUCGUCAACGCUUAUGAGGUCCUCUCCGAUGUGCGAGAACGCGCCUGGUACGACUCUCAUCGCUCUCAAAUCCUCUUCUCUGGUUCAAACCCUAGCAAUUCAUCCUCUGCCUCAGCCAUCGUCCCCGAUCUCUUUAGCUUCUUCUCUAAUUCCGUGUUUUCGGGGUUUUCGGAUAAAGGUAAGGGGUUCUAUAAGGUUUACGCUGAUGUGUUUGACAAAAUCUAUCAUAACGAAUUGAAUUUUGCGAAGAGGUUAGGGUUAGGUAAUGUGGUUAAAGAGGCACCUUUGAUGGGCAAUUUGGAUAGUCCAUAUGCACAAGUGAAUGCGUUUUAUGGGUACUGGUUAGGGUUUGUAACUGUGAUGGAUUUUGUGUGGGCCGAUGAAUAUGAUGCAAUGGCGGGACCGAGUAGGAAGUCUAGAAGGUUGAUGGAGGAGGAGAAUAAGAAGAUCAGGAAGAAGGCCAGAAGGGAAUAUAAUGAAACAGUUAGGGGUUUGGCAGAGUUUGUGAAGAAGAGGGAUAAGAGGGUGAUUGAUAUGCAGAUGAAGAGGAAUGAAGAAACACAGAGAAAGAAAGAGGAGGAAAGGGCAAAGAAGAAGGAAAUCGCAAGGGAGAAGGCAGAGAGAGCGAGGGCGUAUGAGGAGCCUGAUUGGGCACGGGUGGAGGAGGAGAUGGUGGAGGAGGUGGUGGAGGAGGAAGAGAGAAAGAAUGAGUUGUACUGUGUGGCAUGUGGGAAGAAGUUCAAAAGUGAUAAACAAUGGAAGAAUCAUGAGCAAUCUAAGAAGCACAAAGAAAAAGUGGCAGAAUUGAGGGAAGCUUUUGGAGAAGAAGAUGAUGAUCGGAGAACCGAAGAGAACGAUAGUGAUGGUAAGGUUUCAGGUGAUGGAGAUGCGUCUGUGUCUGUUGAUGAGGUUGAAAAGCUGAAAGAACAGUUUGAAGGUGUUGAAAUUCAGGAGGAAGAGAACGAUUAUGAUCAAGAAAGCCAAUCAGAGGAGGAAAUUGUUGAUAUUGCUGAUGAUGGAAGGGGAGGACUCAAUGGGGUGAUUGAAGAGCUGGGAAUGGAUGAUAAUGAUGAUGAGACUAGUGUGUUAGAAGCAAUGUUAUCCAAGAGCAGGAAAAAUCUUGGAUCCACAAGGAAGCCAAAGCCUUCAAAGAAAGUUUAUGUUGAAGCUGAAGCUGAAGAGGUAGACUUGAUGGAAUAUAAUAAUAAAAAAGGUAGAAGAAAGAGGGGAGUUAGGAAAGAUACGGCUGAAAGAGCUGACAAUAAAGAACACCAAAGAAUUGAUGAGCCUGAAAUAAGUAGCAAGGCUGAGCUAGAUAACAAAUGUGAUGAUGAUUCACACAUCGAGAAACUACCAUCAUCUCAACCUUGUGCAGAAGAUGAGAAAAAUGGCCGAGGAGAGGAUGAACCCACAGUAAAGAUCAAGGUCUCAAAGCAAGAACCUGCAAUGAACGUUGCCAAUAAAAAGGAGGGGAGUUCGAAAGCAAAAGUUUCUUCUAAAGGAAAGAAACAGAAGGGAACAUCAAGAAGUUCUGGGCAUGAAUGUGAUACCUGUGGAAUAGACUUUGAUUCAAGGAACAAAUUACAUAAACAUUUGAGUGACACUGGUCAUGCUGCACUCAAAUCACGGUGACAAUGAAGUCUAAGAAUAUCGGAGAAGUUCACAUUCCAGGAGUUUGGGGGCUUAAAUGGUAUCAAUUUUGUUUUACAAUUCAAUCCUUUCUAGAGUAGGAUUAUAUGUUGCCAGAUUGGUGAUAUCAAUUUUGCAAGUGCAAGUUGUUUUGAUAUGGAGAACAAUAGUUUCAAAAUUUGUUUCAAAAUACACCUUUGGGUACUUCUCUGUCAUCAACAAAGGACUAAUGUCCAAUUCUAAUAUUCUUUAUUUGUACUUCUUAUAGAGUAGCAAGCAUUUUGAUGAUUAUUAUAGUUACACAUGUACCAUUUACGUUCGCAAUAAAGUCACAAGCGUUUUCCUUA